AUGGCACCCCCCGUCCGACAUUCACGCUCGCUCGAAGGACUCGAGCGAGUAAUCCCACCACUUUCACCACAACCUCCCUUCUAUAGUCGCUCCGAUCUCUUUCUCAACAAGCCGCUCCCCGCAGAACCCCUUCCCAAACAACCAGAAUGUUCGGCUAUGUGGAGUGACUCCAGCGACAGCGACAGCGACACCGAAAGUACACUCGAUAGUAUCACCGGACCCAGUGAACCCCGCCAUUCAGCAGAUAGUUAUCCCAUCUUCGUCAGUUCUGGCUCCGACUUCGACGACUUGGUCGAUCACCCGGCUCCAUCCGCCGAUCAGCUUCUGAGACUAUCCCCGCAACUGCCUCCACAUAAACGCACGGACUCCAUCGAUAUCAAUAUCCCAUCAAUUGUUGAGCCCCCAGUAUCAAUUUCGUCAUCAUUUUCCGACACACAGUACGGGCGUCCAUCGAAUUGGAACCAAAGCCGCACAGGCACAAAUCACUACUUCCGCGAGAAGAAGUGGGAUUAUUUCCCCGAAUUGGCGCCUUCCGCUCUACAGGCCAGUGGCCGCAUCAGCCCAAAUAUGGUUGCACCGAACACUAAAUCCCGCAAAAUGGGCAACCCACUGGAGUUUGCCAAGGGCAAGUACCGUUGGCAUUCGCUGGACCGCGGUGGUUUCGGCGGAGUUCGCGACUCAAUCAAGACUUACGUCCACCGCACUCUCUCGCGCGACUGCACAGCGGAAAAUAAGCCAAAGGAAAUUCCCCGCCCGGCGACAGCGCCCAUGGACCGCCACCUCAAUGAUGUAGGAGGUACACUUUCCAACACAGCCCCGGCACCACAUAAAUCCACCUUGGCCUUGAACACGAAGGUCUUUACGCGAGCUACAUCCGUCGCUACAUCCUCGAGCAGCGAGUAUGACUAUACCAACCACAGGUUCCAUCUUCAAACACCAAUAUCACCAACAUCGCCUGCUUCGCUCUCAACCCCCACAACAGCCCGGCCGAAACAACUAGCAGUUCCGCUAUCCGCGUACCAGAAACACGGCCCCGUGAUUUGGGAAUCACCCAAGAAAUCCAAGAAGCGGAACGUUCAGUUCCCGAGAUAUAAGUCCUCGCCCGACUCAGCUGCAGAGCCCUUUUCAUCUUCGGCUCCCAACUUAUCUUAUGCAAAUGUCAUCCCUUCUUUAUCUCCGCUGCGGAAGCAGUCCCAGCAUAAUCCCCGAGGUGUGUUCCUGGGUGCAAAGAAAAAGAUUGUGGAGUCGAAGGAGGAUCGCAGAAGGGAGCAGUUGAAGGCUCGGAUCAAGUUGGUUGGGCCUGUCAACCCGCAUAAUUAUGUGCAGGCCGAUCCAUGGGUUUGA